UAGUUAUAGGGAAACACGUCAAUUCUGGUCUUCAUUUUGACAGUUUGUUGCAAAAGUGAUAUUUUUGGUCUUUUAGUAGUAAAUCUAGCUCUUUUUGCACCUAGCUGUCAAACUCAUCUCACAGACUGGGCUCAUACACUAGACGUAACAUAGGAAAUGUAAAUCCGGGACACUCAAAUUAGUAUAUGUUACGUUUGGCAUGGUUACAUGAGAUAAAGGUUACUUAAGGCAAAAACGAAAGGAGGGUGGGCCUAUAACUCGAACGUCUAGCAACACAAAGGUUGCGUGUUCGAAUCUUAUCAUGGACAAUUUUAGCUAAUUAGCAACUACUUAUUACUAUUUAGUUACUUUACAACUACUUUGCAUUUUAACUAACCCUUUAACCUAUCUCCAAGUGCUGAGUGAUUAACCAAAAUGUCAGUUAUUUUUCUGUUUUUAAACAACAAAUUGACUGAUGUCAGUUAAAUUAUUUGAAUUCUAUGUCGUUCGUUUUUUUUUCUGUGAUCGCAAUGGACACAUUGUGCUGCAGUUUCUCUAGAGAUAAAUCAGAUCAUGCCCGAACUGUGUGAAGUAGUAGGGAGUUGUAGUUUCCAACAGGCCAAUGUUCUACAUAGCGCAGAAAACGUGAUAAUAAACUACAAUGACCACAAUCCAUUGCGUGGCUACUUGUCUGGUCUGUUUCUUUUACGCCUGCCAUGUAAGAGAAUAAUGCGAGAUCAAGGGAUACAUAGAGACAAGAUGCAGCAGUGCACAGUAGUCAGUGCAUCCGGAGUUCGUGUCCCAUUAGCAGAUGGCCGAGCCGUGAUCCUAGGUCGUGGUCCAGAGACUGGAGUUGUUGACAAGAAGUGCUCCCGAAACCAGGUGAAGCUGGUGGCCUGUUAUGCAGACAAGGAGGUACUUGUAACACAGCUUGGUCCAAACCCCUCUUCCUUGGGCAGUGAGAGUCUUGGUAGAGGCCAGUCUGGCAGACUGACCCAUGACAGCACCCUCUACCUGGUCAACCAGAGCCACCCCUUCAGAGUGCAGUUCUCUGCUUCCAAUGAAACCUCCUCAUCCUCUGCCCAGAAGGGGAAGGCUGUAGAAAUAUUGAAAGCGUCGGAUAAGACAAAAGGAGGGACAGGUCCCAAACGCAGCAUCAAAGACUUCUUUCCUUCCUCUCCCAAGAAGUCAUCCAAGAGGCCACACAGUUCUGAGGAGGACCCGCAGGAGAAGCGUCUGAAGACUGAGGGCUCAGACAGUGGGGGCGAGGACGAAGCUGAGAAGCUUGCUGAGGAGAAGCUCCGACAGCUCCAGGAGAUGUCAGAGAGGGCUUCAGGGGCUAGCAGAGAUGGUGUCCAGCAGCAGGCAUCAGCCUCAGCAUGUUGUCAAAGCCACUGGCAACAGAUUGGAAACCUCAUGCUCUACACGGCUGCUGGCGUCACUGGAAGCACCAAGAUUGCUGGAUUCGACAUUGACGGCUGUAUCAUCACCACCAAUUCUGGCAAAGUGUUUCCCACCAGCCCAGAUGACUGGAGGAUUCUCUUUCCUGAGAUCCAACCCACACUGGCCAGCUUAUUAAAGAAAGGCUACAAGGUUGUGUUCUUCACCAAUCAGAUGGGUAUCUCUAGGGGGAAACUGAAGCCUGAGGAUUUCAAGUCUAAAGUGGAGAACAUUCUGAAGACAUUACAGCUCCCCGUACAGGUCUUUGUGGCGUCUGGUCCUGGGAUCUACAGGAAGCCAGUGAUGGGAAUGUGGGAGCACCUUUGUGAGAAGGCAAAUGGCGGUGUGGCUGUAGACAAGAGCCAGAGUCUCUAUGUGGGAGAUGCAGCGGGACGCCCUGUUAACUGGGCUCCUGGCAAGAAGAAGAAGGACUUCUCCUGCAGUGACCGACUGUUUGCACUGAACCUUGGGCUGCAGUUCCAAACUCCAGAGGAGUUCUUCCUGGGUUGGAAAAGCGCCCCCUUCAGUCUUCCUCCAUUAGACCCUAGGAAAUGUGACUCCAACGCCCGUCUGUAUGACCCGCCCAGUGCCUCCCUCACCUCCACCAAGCAGGAAGUCAUCAUUGCCGUUGGUUUCCCUGCUUCCGGGAAAUCAACCUUUUUCCACACACACAUCGUCCCCAAAGGUUACGUGUACGUGAACAGGGACUCCCUGGGCUCGUGGCAGAGCUGUGUAUCGGCCUGUGAGCGGGCUCUGAAGGAGGGCCGCAGCGUUGUGGUGGAUAACACCAACCCAGACCCUGAGUCUCGCAAACGGUAUGUUGAUGUCAGCCAGAGUUUGGGCGUGUCCUGUCGCUGCUUCAACUUCUCUGCCUCCCUGGAGCAGGCCAAACACAACAACAGAUUCCGUGAGAUGGCCCCCUCCACCACUAAGCACCUCAAAGUCAAUGACAUGAUCUUCCACGGUUACAAGAAGAAGUUUGUGGCGCCCAGUCUCUCGGAAGGCUUUUCAGAAAUCCUGCAAAUUCAUUUUGUCCCAACCUUUACAGACAGCCAAUCAGAGGCCCUCUUCAGGCAGUUCUCUGAAGGCUGAUUGGGUGGCUGGCAUUCUAACGGUAUUCUAACCUAAGAUUUGUCAGAUUGUUAUUGGUGCAGAGUCAUUUCAGGAAAAUAAUCUAGCAGUUGUACGCUGUGGCUGUAUGUAGACAAACUAUUUUGUUACCUGCUGCUAAUCAACAAAUAAUUGCUAUUGCACUACAUACAUUUGAAGGUACCGAUGUUUUAACUAAAUGUAACCACAUCAGUAUUUUUGUUUGAUUGGCUUGAGUUUCAUAUUUUCAUAUCAUGUUUUCUUGUCAGAUAUACAGUACUUGUUUCCUGAAAGCCUAAAAGGUAAAAAAAAAACGUGAGAGAUGUUUAAUUAAUUUUUUUAUUUUAAUAAAUUGUUAUUAAUUUGA